AUGCGUGUGCUAUUAUUGUUUGCUGGGAUCAUCCUCAGUUCUGUUAAUGGGCAAGCCAGCGUCAGCACCCGGGUGCUCGGGGGGGCGCCGACCACCAUAGAGCGGUGUCCCAUAGUGGCGCAGCUGCUGCGUGAGCGCGUGCAGUACUGCGCCGCGGUCGUGCUCACCGCGCGCCACGUGCUCUCCGCCGCGCAUUGUAUACUCGCUGACCCGACUUAUAACAACCCGAAACUGUGGAAAAUCCGUGUGGGCUCUUCCUACCGCACUCGGGGAGGGGUCUUGCACGAUGUGAAGACCAUCAUUACGCACCCAGGUUUCGACAAAAGAAUUUACAACAAUGAUGUGGCUGUAUUAGUAGCAUCAAAGCCGUUUACCCUGAACAAGUACGUGAGACAAGGAACUAUACCGAAGCCAGGAACUGAAACUAAAGAAAACUCCAAAGUUACAUUGAUCGGAUGGGGUGUCACAACGAAUGACCCAAACAGCAUGCAACCCGAUCAAAUGCGAUACGCAACACUUCGCACCAUCGACCACGCGACUUGCCAGAAGCGUUACAGCAAUCUCAGUGCCACAAUAACGGAGGCAAUGAUGUCAAUAGUGAAGAGCGUCGGUUUCUUCGCAGUCGGCGUCGUGGUGGCGAGCGAAUGUGCCGGUCUCGAGAUAAUGCCAUCUACGCCACAGUAG